AUGCUGGCCGCUGGCGAGGAGGGCGGGCAGGGGAGCAAGGGCAAGGGCGGGGCAGAGUUGGAGCUGGACUUUCUGGACGAUGACGAGGCUGGGGGGCUGGAGGGUGGCCUUGGUAUGCAAGGUGGGCAGCGAGCUGGUGAGGCAGCAGGCGGCCGGCAAAACGAGGCGGCAGUGGCGGUGGGCGGCAUGAUGUCGGCGCCGACGCAGUUCCUCACCGAUCGCGGCUACGGGUGGCUGCUCGAGGUGGACGAGUCUGCCGAGGCCGAGGGCGAAGGCUUGUCGCUGCUGGAGGAACUGGACAUUGACGUGUGGGACAUUGCAUAUAAGAUCCGGUGCGUGGUGCUCCCUUUCCGGUUCGACAAGUCCAUCAUCCUGACUCAGACCGACUUCUGGGGCCCGUUCUUUGUGGUUCUCGCCUACGCCCUGCUCUCGUUGUGGGGCAAUAUGGCGGUGCUCUCGUGGAUCCUGACCAUCUGGGCUGUUGGCUCGGGCCUCAUCUUUCUGAUUGCCCGCAGCCUCGGUGGCAACGUGAGCUAUGGGCAGGUCCUGGGCGUGGUCGGCUACUCGCUCAUUCCGCUCAUCGUCAUGGUCGCUGCUGAGCCGCUGCUGCAUGCGGCCGGGGGCGAGUCGGCGUUUGUUCUCGGGCGGGCCUUUGCGGUGGUGUGGGCGGCGUACUCGGCCGGCUCGCUGCUGGUGACCGAAGAGCUGAUGCGCCGCCGCUUCCUCGUCAUGUACCCGAUCUUUCUGUUGUACGUCUAUUUCGUCUCGCUGCACUCGGGUGCAUAG